UCAACCUGCUGUGAUUCGGAUAACGGACCUCUCCUUUUAUAGAUGAUCUCGACGGAGAAGUGGAUUUACAGUUUUUAUGUUAAAUAGCAAAUAAGAUAACAAUAUGUAUUAAUUAAUCAAUCACAGGAAUAUAUCUUUUGACCUAAAGGAGGUGUUUUGUUAGCGUUUUGCGCAGUCAGCGCUGUGAGGGGUCGUGGGUGCGGCUCCGAAACUAUGGAAACAGCGCACAAUCUGUAUCAUCAACUGCCUUUGUUUACAAAGAUGACUGCAAUCAACAUUAAUAUGAAGAAUUGUUUUAUGUUCGUAUUUCUUGUCUGCGGUGUGUUUGGUGAUCCAGAUGAAGUGAAGAUCGUGUUGGAGGGAGAUUCUGUCACUCUACACACUAAUCUUACUGACAUACAGAUAAAUGAUGAGAUACGGUGGAGGUUUGGACCCGAUGGCUCUGCCAGUCUUCUAGUUCACAUUGAUCAGAAUGUUCCCACAUAUAAAGAUUCGGCUGAUGGAACAUUUACUGACAGACUGCAGAUAUCAAACAUUAAGACUGGAGAUCUCACCAUCAAGAACAUGAGAAUCAAACACUCUGGACUUUAUAAAGCACAGAUAGUAAGACCUACUGGAGUUACACAAAGGAAGUUCAACAUCGAGGUCUAUGGUGUCCCACAUCUGACUGAUCCUAGUGCAGGUGAAUCCAAGACUGUGUUGAAGACUGAGGGAGAAUCUGUGACUCUAGACACUGGUGUUCAAACACAGACCGAUGAUCUGAUACUGUGGAGGUUUGGAGAUGUUGGUGUUCUCUUGGCUAAAGCUGAUAAAGACGACAACAAGACCUCAAUAAAUGAUGCAGAUGAUGGAAGAUUCAGAGGCAGACUGAAGCUGGAUGAUCAGACCGGAUCUCUCAUCAUCAGUGAUGUCCAAAUAUCAGAUUCUGGAGAGUAUAAACUGAAGAUCAGCAGUAACUUUAAAAAGACAUUAUACAAGAGAUUCAUUGUUUCUGUCAGUGAACGAAGACAAACUCCAGGUGAAAACGGAGGGAUAGCUUUUGUUGUCCUGCUGGCUGCUGCUGUUGUUGCUGUAUUUUCAUUUCGCCGCUAUAAUUAUGAACAACAAAAACGAAAAGUUAAAGAGAAGAUAGUGCCUAAGGGAGAUUCUGUAACUCUAGAGACUGAUGUCACUGAACCUCAGUCUGAUGAUGUCAUCCAGUGGAUCUUUAGAGAUGAAGUGAUAGCCACAUUCAAUAAAAGCAACAGUGAUGAAGAGAGAUUCAUAGACAGACUGAAGAUGGAUAAUCAGACUGGAUAUCUCAUCAUCACAAACAUCAGAACAGAAGACGCUGGACUGUAUAAAGUAAAGAUCAGCAGCAGCAGUCGAGUGAAAUCAUUCCUUCAGUUCAUCACCGGUGAAGGACCAUCAUACCGUCAAUUCAAUGUUAUUGUCACAGAUACAGUUGGUAAAGUGGAAAAUAAUUCUGUGACUCUGAACACUGAUGUUACUGAACUAAAGUCAGAUGAUGUGAUCCAGUGGCGGUUUGGAGAAACUCUCAUAGCUGAAAUCAAUAGAAAGAUCAACAAGAUCUCUAUACAUGAUGAUGAGAUAUUCAGAGACAGACUGAAGCUGAAUGAUAAGACUGGAGAUCUCACCAUCAGAGAUCUCAACACUGAACACACUGGACACUAUAAACUGAAGAUCAUCAACAGUAGAGGAACAUCAUUCACUCAGACUGAAGUUAAUGUCAUGGAGGGACUCAGAUCAGUAAAGUUGGCAGAUUCUGUUUCUCUAGGCAUUGAUGUUGCUGGCAUACAGAAUGAUGAUGUGAUUCAGUGGACAUUAGGAGAUGAAGAAACUCCCAUAGCUGAAAUCACUGUAGGGGCUGAACCCUCAUAUGAUAAGAGAUUCAAAGAGAGACUGAAGCUGAACCCUAAGACUGGACAUCUCAUCAUCACAAACAUCACAUCUGAACUCUCUGGAGUUUAUAGAGCAAAGAUCAGCAGCAGUAGAGGAACAACAUACAGAACAUACAGGGUUAACAUCUCUGUGAUCGCUUAUAAGGGAGAAUCUCUCACUCUACACACUGAGAGUAAAAUACAGAGCGGCAGUGAGAUCAAGUGGAUCUAUGAUAAGAUAACCUGUCUGGUAACUGGAAAGAAUGGAGAUGACAGUGAGACCAAAUAUAAAGAUGAUGUGAGAUUUACAGACAGACUGAAGAUGAAUCAUGAGACUGGAGAUCUCACCAUCACAGACGUCAUAGCGACAGAUGCGGGAGUUUAUAAACUACAGAUCAGCAGUGAUGGAAAGAUCUCAUUCAGGAUAUUCAGUGUUUUCUUCAAGGACAACACGGAUGAAAAAGUAAAGGACGAACAGAAAUCAGUGUGUAAAUAUGAGAAUGAUUCUGUGACUCUGAACGCUGAUGUUACUGAACCACAGUCAGAUGAUGUGAUCCAGUGGAGGUUUGGAGAAACUCUCAUAGCUGAAAUCAAUAGAAAUAACAACAAGAUCUCUAUACAUGAUGAUGUUCUUGAUGAGAGAUUCAGAGACAGACUGAAGCUGAAUGAUAAGACUGGAGAUCUCACCAUCAGAGAUCUCAACACUGAACACACUGGACACUAUAAACUGAAGAUCAUGAACAGUAGAGGAACAUCAUACUCUCAGUUUAAAGUUUAUGUCAGGGAGAACAUCAGAUCAGUAGUUUUGGGACAUCCUGUCACUCUAUACACUGAUGUUACUGGAAUACAGAGAGGUGAUGUGAUUCAGUGGACAUUAGAAACAAAUAUUAAAACUCCCAUCGCUCAGAUGACUGUAGGGACUGAACUCUCAUAUGAUGGGAGAUGGAGAAGCAGAAUGAAGCUGGACCCUCAGACUGGAGAUCUCACCAUCACAAACAUCACAGCUGAACUCUCUGGAGUUUAUAGAGCAAAGAUCCACAGCAGGAGUAGAGGAACAGAAUACAGAACAUACAGGGUUAACAUCUCUGUGAACGCUUAUGAGGGAGAAUCUCUCACUAUACACACUGACAGUAAAAUACAGAGAGGCAGUGAGAUCAAGUGGAUCUCUGAAGAUAACAUCAGUCUGGUCACUGGAAAGAUUGGAGUCAUAAAAGACACCAAGUUAACAGAUAAUGUGAGAUUCAAAGACAGACUGAAGAUGAAUCAUGACACUGGAGAUCUCACCAUCACAAAGAUCAGAAAGACAGAUGAUGGAGUUUAUAAACUACAGAUCAGCAGUGAUGAUAAGAUCUCAUACAAGAUGAUAAAUGUUUUUGUCAACGACGGCCCUUCUCCAGAUCAGAAGCAGAACUCAGUGUGUAAAUAUGAGAAUGAUUCUGUCAUUCUGAACACUGAUGUUACUGAACUAAAGUCAGAUGAUGUCAUCCAGUGGAGGUUUGGAGAAACUCUCAUAGCUGAAAUCAAUAGAAAGAACAACAAGUUCACUACAGAUGAUGAGAUAUUCAGAGACAGACUGAAGCUGAAUGAUAAGACUGGAGAUCUCACCAUCAGAGAUCUCAACACUGAACACACUGGACACUAUAAACUGAAGAUCAUCAACAGUAGAGGAACAUCAUACUCUCAGUUUAAAGUUUAUGUCAGGGAGAACAUCAGAUCAGUUGAGUUUGGACAUUCUGUCAUUCUAUACUCUGAUGUUACUGGAAUACAGAUAGAUGAUGUGAUUCAGUGGACAUUUGGAGAUGAAAAACCUCCCAUAGCUAAAAUCACUGGACUGAAUAAACUCUCAUAUGAUGAGAGAUUCAAAGAGAGACUGAAGCUGAACCCUCAGACUGGACAUCUCACCAUCUCAAGCAUCACAACUGAACUCUCUGGAGUUUAUAGAGCAAAGAUCAUCAGCAGCAGUAGAGGAACAGAAUACAGAACAUACAGGGUUGUCAUCUCUGUGAACGCUUAUGAGGGAGAAUCUCUCACUAUACACACUGACAGUAAAAUACAGAGAGGCAGUGAGAUCAAGUGGAUCUCUGAAGAUAACAUCUGUCUGGUCACUGGAAAGAUUGGAGACUACAAAGAAACCAAAUGUACAUCUGAUGAGAGAUUCAGAGGCAGAAUGAUGACGAAUCCUUUCACUGGAGAUCUCACCAUCACAAAGAUCAGAAAGACAGAUGAUGGAGUUUAUAAACUACAGAUCAGCAGUGAUGAUAAGAUCUCAUACAAGAUGAUCAAUGUUUUUGUCAACGACGGCCCUUCUCCAGAUCAGAAGCAGAACUCAGUGUGUAAAUAUGAGAAUGAUUCUGUCACUCUGAACACUGAUGUUACUGAACUAAAGUCAGAUGAUGUCAUCCAGUGGAGGUUUGGAGAAACUCUCAUAGCUGAAAUCAAUAGAAAGAUCAACAAGAUCUCUACAGAUGAUGAGAUAUUCAGAGACAGACUGAAGCUGAAUGAUAAGACUGGAGAUCUCACCAUCAGAGAUCUCAACACUGAACACACUGGACACUAUAAACUGAAGAUCAUCAACAGUAGAGGAACAUCAUACUCUCAGUUUAAAGUUUAUGUCAGGGAGAACAUCAGAUCAGUUGAGUUUGGACAUUCUGUCAUUCUAGACUCUAAUGUUACUGAAAUAGAGAAAAAUGAUGUGAUUCAGUGGACAUUUGAAGAUGAAAAAACUCACUUAGCUGAAAUCACUGGACUGAAUAAACCCUCAUAUGAUGAGAGAUUCAAAGAGAGACUGAAGCUGGACACAAAGACUGGACAUCUCACCAUCUCAAGCAUCACAUCCGAACUCUCUGGAGUUUAUAGAGCAAAGAUCAUCAGCAGCAGUAGAGGAACAGAAUACAGAACAUACAGGGUUGUCAUCUCUGUGAACGCUUAUGAGGGAGAAUCUCUCACUAUACACACUGACAGUAAAAUACAGAGAGACAGUGAGAUCAAGUGGAUCUCUGAAGAUAACAUCAGUCUGGUCUCUGGAAAGAAUGGAGAAGACAUAGAAACCAUAUACACAGAUGAUGAGAGAUUCAAAGACAGACUGAAGAUGAAUCAUGAGACUGGAGAUCUCACCAUCACAAAGAUCAGAAAGACAGAUGAUGGAGUUUAUAAACUACAGAUCAGCAGUGAUGGAAAGAUCUCAUACAAGAUGAUCAAUGUUUUUGUCAACGACGGCCCUUCUCCAGAUCAGAAGCAGAACUCAGUGUGUAAAUAUGAGAAUGAUUCUGUCAUUCUGAACACUGAUGUUACUGAACUAAAGUCAGAUGAUGUGAUCCAGUGGAGGUUUGGAGAAACUCUCAUAGCUGAAAUUAAUAGAAAGAACAACAAGUUCACUACAGAUGAUGAGAUAUUCAGAGACAGACUGAAGCUGAAUGAUAAGACUGGAGAUCUCACCAUCACAGAUCUCAACACUGAACACACUGGACACUAUAAACUGAAGAUCAUCAACAGUAGAGGAACAUCAUACUCUCAGUUUAAAGUUUAUGUCAGGGAGAACAUCAGAUCAGUAGAGUUUGGAAAUUCUGUCAUUCUAUACACUGAUGUUACUGGAAUACAGAGAGAUGAUGUGAUUCAGUGGACAUUUGAAUAUGAAAAAUCUCCCAUAGCUGAAAUCCCUGGACUGAAUAAACCCUCAAAUGAUAAGAGAUUCAAAGAGAGACUGAAGCUGGACCAAAAGACUGGACAUCUCACCAUCACAAACAUCACAUCUGAACUCUCUGGAGUUUAUAGAGCAAAGAUCAUCAGCAGUAGAGGAACAGAAUACAGAACAUACAGGGUUGUCGUCUCUGUGAACGCUUAUGAGGGAGAAUCUCUCACUAUACACACUGACAGUAAAAUACAGAGAGGCAGUGAGAUCAAGUGGAUCUCUGAAGAUAACAUCAGUCUGGUCACUGGAAAGAUUGGAGUCAUAAAAGACACCAAGUUAACAGAUAAUGUGAGAUUCAAAGACAGACUGAAGAUGAAUCAUGACACUGGAGAUCUCACCAUCACAAAGAUCAGAAAGAAUGAUGAUGGAGUUUAUAAACUACAGAUCAGCAGUGAUGAUAAGAUCUCAUACAAGAUGAUCAAUGUUUUUGUCAACGACGGCCCUUCUCCAGAUCAGAAGCAGAACUCAGUGUGUAAAUAUGAGAAUGAUUCUGUCACUCUGAACACUGAUGUUACUGAACUAAAGUCAGAUGAUGUGAUCCAGUGGAGGUUUGGAGAAACUCUCAUAGCUGAAAUCAAUAGAAAGAUCAACAAGUUCUCUACAGAUGAUGAGAUAUUCAGAGACAGACUGAAUCUGAAUGAUAAGACUGGAGAUCUCACCAUCAGAGAUCUCAACACUGAACACACUGGACACUAUAAACUGAAGAUCAUCAACAGUAGAGGAACAUCAUACUCUCAGUUUAAAGUUUAUGUCAGGGAGAACAUCAGAUCAGUAGAGUUUGGACAUUCUGUCAUUCUAUACUCUGAUGUUACUGGAAUACAGAAAAAUGAUGUGAUUCAGUGGAGAUUAGAAGAUGAAAAAUCUCUCAUAGCUGAAAUCACUGUAGGGACUGAACCCUCAUAUGAUGAGAGAUUCAAAGAGAGACUGAAGAUGAACCCAAAGACUGGACAUCUCACCAUCACAAACAUCACAUCUGAACUCUCUGGAGUUUAUAGAGCAAAGAUCAUCAGCAGUAGAGGAACAGAAUACAGAACAUACAGGGUUGUCGUCUCUGUGAAUGCUUAUGAGGGAGAAUCUCUCACUAUACACACUGACAGUAAAAUACAGAGAGGCAGUGAGAUCAAGUGGAUCUCUGAAGAUAACAUCAGUCUGGUCACUGGAAAGAUUGGAGUCAUAAGAGACACCAAGUUAACAGAUAAUGUGAGAUUCAAAGACAGACUGAAGAUGAAUCAUGAGACUGGAGAUCUCACCAUCACAAAGAUCAGAAAGACAGAUGAUGGAGUUUAUAAACUACAGAUCAGCAGUGAUGAUAAGAUCUCAUACAAGAUGAUCAAUGUUUUUGUCAACGACGGCCCUUCUCCAGAUCAGAAGCAGAACUCAGUGUGUAAAUAUGAGAAUGAUUCUGUCACUCUGAACACUGAUGUUACUGAACUAAAGUCAGAUGAUGUGAUCCAGUGGAGGUUUGGAGAAACUCUCAUAGCUGAAAUCAAUAGAAAGAACAACAAGUUCCCUACAGAUGAUGAGAUAUUCAGAGACAGACUGAAGCUGAAUGAUAAGACUGGAGAUCUCACCAUCAGAGAUCUCAACACUGAACACACUGGACACUAUAAACUGAAGAUCAUCAACAAUAGAGGAACAUCAUACUCUCAGUUUAAAGUUUAUGUCAGGGAGAACAUCAGAUCAGUAGAGUUUGGACAUUCUGUCAUUCUAUACUCUGAUGUUACUGGAAUACAGAAAAAUGAUGUGAUUCAGUGGAGAUUAGAAGAUGAAAAAACUCCCAUAGCUGAAAUCACUGGACUGAAUAAACUCUCAUAUGAUAAGAGAUUCAAAGAGAGACUGGAGCUGGACCCUCAGACUGGAGAUCUCACAAUCACAAACAUCACAGCUGAACUCUCUGGAGUUUAUAGAGCAAAGAUCAUCAGCAGCAGUAGAGGAACAGAAUACAGAACAUACAGGGUUGUCGUCUCUGUGAUCGCUUAUGAGGGAGAAUCUCUCACUAUACACACUGACAGUAAAAUACAGAGAGGCAGUGAGAUCAAGUGGAUCUCUGAAGAUAACAUCAGUCUGGUCACUGGAAAGAUUGGAGUCAUAAAAGACACCAAGUUAACAGAUAAUGUGAGAUUCAAAGACAGACUGAAGAUGAAUCAUGACACUGGAGAUCUCACCAUCACAAAGAUCAGAAAGAAUGAUGAUGGAGUUUAUAAACUACAGAUCAGCAGUGAUGAUAAGAUCUCAUACAAGAUGAUCAAUGUUUUUGUCAACGACGGCCCUUCUCCAGAUCAGAAGCAGAACUCAGUGUGUAAAUAUGAGAAUGAUUCUGUCACUCUGAACACUGAUGUUACUGAACUAAAGUCAGAUGAUGUGAUCCAGUGGAGGUUUGGAGAAACUCUCAUAGCUGAAAUCAAUAGAAAGAUCAACAAGUUCACUACAGAUGAUGAGAUAUUCAGAGACAGACUGAAGCUGAAUGAUAAGACUGGAGAUCUCACCAUCAGAGAUCUCAACACUGAACACACUGGACACUAUAAACUGAAGAUCAUCAACAGUAGAGGAACAUCAUACUCUCAGUUUAAAGUUUAUGUCAGGGAUGAAGAGAGGAUGAAAUCAGUAGAGUUGGGAGGUUCUGUUAUUCUAGACACUGAUGUUACUGGUGAUGUGAUUCAGUGGAGAUUAGAAGAUGAAAAGACUCCCUUAGCUGAAAUCACUGUAGGGUCUGAACCCUCAUAUGAUGAGAGAUUUAAAGAGAAACUGAAGCUGAACCGUCAGACUGGACAUCUCACCAUCACAAACAUCACAGCUGAACUCUCUGGAGUUUAUAGAGCAAAGAUCAGCAGCAGUAGAGGAACAGAAUACAGAACAUACAGGGUUAACAUCUCUGUGAACGCUUAUGAGGGAGAAUCUCUCACUAUACUCACUGACAGUAAAAUACAGAGAGACAGUGAGAUCAAGUGGAUCUCUGAAAAUAACAUCAUUCUGGCCACUAUAAUGAAUGGAGUCAUAAUAGACACUAAAUAUAAAGAUGAUGAGAGAUUCAAAGGCAGACUGAAGAUGAAUCCUCAGACUGGAGAUCUCACCAUCACAGACCUCAGAUGGACAGAUGCUGGAGUUUAUAAACUACACAUCAAGAGUAAAGAAAAGAUCUCAUUCAGGAUAUUCAUGGUUUGGAUCAAGAACAAGGCUGUUGUAAAAGAACAGGAAGAACAGAAAGCAGAUAAUGCUGUUGGAAAAGUAAAGGACAAACAGAAAUCAGAAUCAGCAGAAACUGAAGAAAAUAAAUCAGCAGCGGUUGACAAGCCUUCCCCCAAUGAAGUAGCAAAUGAAUGAUCGAGGAUGAGAUAGAUGCUCAUCAUCACAUCUUUCACAUUAUCAACAUCUACAGUAAUAAAACUGAUUUACUGUGUUCAUGAUCCGUCCUCUUUAAAAGAUCAUCUUCAUGUGUGCUGUUGAGCUUGAGUUAUAAAAGCUUUUAGAGCUAAAGUUACACGUUUUUUGAUAAACAGUGAAACAGAAUUUCAUUUAUUUGCUGUUGAAACUGAUCUCUGAUCAGAAUCUGUUUAUCUUUUUAUAUUUCAUAUGUUACUCACUGCAAAGCAUAUGAUUAUUUUGACUCUCGUGUGUUUGAUGUUGUGUGAUUGUAGACAGUAUUGAUUUAAUAUCUGAUGAAGAUGAAGUAUCAGAUAAACAUGAAGAACAUCUUCAGUCUUUCUCUAACCCGUCUCUAAUCUGCUUUUAUACACAUUUAUAUAACAACUAACACCACAAAAAAAUUCAUGAUGAAGUUAACAUGAGAUCACAUGACAAUCUGUGUUUAUCAUGUGAAGAAGAUUCUAGAAAAUACACGUGAGAAACAUCUUGAGCAUCAGCGUUAGAUUCUGAUGUCUGUUCAGUUUUUAUUGUUAAUGUUGAUAUUAUUUUAGUUUUUCAUGUACUUUAUAAUUUCCUUCAUUAUGUGCCUAUAUUUUAUAUAUAUAUAUUUUCGUGUUAACUGAACUAAACCUGAGGAGAUUCCUUUCUUACGUCCUACGUUACUAGCUGCUGUCCAUGGUGCUGAAUUAAUGGAUAUCGAUCGUUCUCCAAUCAAUAAUUUACUGUACACACGGACUGCUUCACUGCAUUAUGUGAGGUAGUGGCGAUCUUUAUCAAGAAAGCACUAUAGAAAUAGUUGCAUCUAUUAGGACUCAUAGGAUAUUAGUAAACCAAAUUGCAAACUAAAUCCAACCAUUGAUAUUAUUUAAAUGUGAAAUGAAUGUGUGAACCCACAAUCUCAUGCUCAACCCCGUUACACUAACUGUCAGUGUGGUCAUUUAUAUCAAAGGUUCUCAAACUUGUGUUAGAGUUUCUGUUGCGGUGCAUUAAAACGGUUUAUUCCUGAAACUAAUAUUGACGUACAUAAUUAACACGUUUAUGUGCUUGGACUAUUUAAAGCGCAAAGCAUGUAGCUUAUGACUGCGUUAUUAAAAUAUAAAAAUAUAAUCAACAUUAUUAAUCACAUUUACAAUAUCAAGAAGAAGAAUAUAAACAAGUAUGUCAUUAUUGUUCAAUCCUACAAUGAUGUAUUUAGAUUUUGCAAUACAACAGUGAAUGUGUUGUGUUUUCCUAUUUUCUAUGUAAAAGGUUUGACAUGACAUAGCCUACCUUUGUUUAUAACUGUGUUUGUGAAGCACUUAUUUAUAUUAUCAAAUAUGUUUCUAUAGUGUUAAUAUUUACUGAACAAAAACGCAGAACAUAUGAAACAUAAAAACUUCAUAAAGCACUUAACUGAAUAACUCUUGCCUUAUUGCUCUUAUAAAAUAAAUGUGCUAGCUUCGUGAUUUAGAUAUCAGCUAAAUAUAAACAGUAUUAAAAAGUGUUUGUGUCUGAUCAUUUCUGUUCUUUAAUGGAUAAAGUGAUUAUUUAGUAAUGGCUGUUUUAACAGUAAACACAUGCUAGUGUUGUGCUUGACCUGCUUUAACAUGUUUAACUGAAUAUACAAUGCAUGUCAUUAUUA